GGUAAAAUAUUUUAGUAACUGGUAACUUUUCCGACAUUUUGAACACCGAAUUGUGAUUGUCACUCUAAAUGUCUAAGUAGUUAUUUUGUUGUAAUAAAAAUGUUCGAUUUAAGUAAAAUAUUUUGUCAUUUAUUUGUGUCUCAUGUGUUCCUAUUAAAAACAGUAUACGCCCAAGAUGUGUGUGUAUCAAAGGGGCCUUGUUCUUGUGAAUACCCUAAUGGCACCGGUAUUGACUUAUCGCCUACUGUAAAAGGGACAUUUUAUUCUACGCAGUCAUAUAAAGUAAAGAAUAAUGGAACUCAAUUUGAAUUGAGUACUUAUUACUAUCAUCCGUGCUCGGAUGUAAUGCUUCCAAUAAACGACACUGCGUCUAACAAUUCCUGUGACAAACCACUGUCGAUAUGCAGAUAUAAAAAUGUAUUUGAUUUAACUAACCAAACUGAAAAACUAUAUAAAAAAGAUGGUGGUAACUAUGAGUUUUUAGGUAAAACCAAUGGAUCACACUUUACACCAGAUGGAAAAUCAAUUUAUUACUUUAAUGGUCCAUCAUCAACAAUUGUUACAUUAGUAUGUGCUGAAACAGAUGAUGAACUACAUCUUUUAUCAACCGUAGAUCCUGAUAACAUUGUACUAACGUUAUAUUCAAGGCGAGCUUGUCUGACGCUUAUUGAAGAGGAGGGACGCUCCUUCGGGUCCACUUUGCUUAUCAUAUUCUUUUCGUUCGUGAUAUUAUAUCUUGUACUUGGGAUUUGUACUAAGAAAUUCCUAAUGGGAGCGACUGGAAUCGAAGUUGUACCGAAUUUAAGUUUCUGGUCAGAUUUACCAAAUCUAGUCAAGGAUGGUUGGGCAUUUGCAUUGAACGGGUUUAAAUUACCCGCCAGAGGACCUGGCCCAGCGACGACACCCGACCCCAACAGCUAUGACAGCAUAUAACAUAGCGAGGACCCCCUCAAUGAAGGUCAGCUAGUGUUGAUAGAGUGAACAAUAUGGACUUUGACGCUUAAAUCCAAUCAGGGUUUGAUUGCUAAAAAUUGUCGCUAUCACAAAAAAAUUGCUAUCUCUGUUAUUAUUGCAAGUGUAGUCAUACAUUAAUUUUUUUUAACUU